ACAUAAACAAAUUCGUUUUUUUGUCAUUCUCUACUCCGAUCGUCGUCAUUGGGAGAAGGGAAUCAAAAUCGCUUGAUCUGAUCUAAGCGGAGAUGUCUUACGCUUAUCUCUUCAAGUACAUCAUCAUCGGCGACACUGGGGUUGGGAAAUCAUGUCUUCUGCUUCAGUUCACCGACAAGAGGUUCCAACCGGUGCAUGACCUCACCAUCGGUGUUGAGUUUGGGGCCAGAAUGAUCACCAUCGACAACAAACCCAUCAAACUCCAGAUUUGGGAUACGGCUGGUCAAGAAUCCUUCAGAUCUAUUACCAGAUCCUACUAUAGAGGCGCUGCUGGCGCAUUGCUCGUCUAUGAUAUCACCAGGAGGGAAACAUUUAAUCACCUGGCCAGCUGGCUAGAGGAUGCAAGGCAGCAUGCGAAUGCAAACAUGACAAUAAUGCUCAUUGGUAAUAAGUGUGAUCUCGCCCACAGAAGGGCAGUGAGCACGGAGGAAGGAGAGCAGUUUGCAAAGGAGCAUGGGCUAAUAUUCAUGGAGGCUUCCGCCAAAACUGCUCAGAAUGUCGAAGAGGCAUUCAUCAAGACAGCCGCAACGAUAUACAAGAAGAUCCAAGACGGCGACUUUGAUGUGUCAAAUGAGACAUAUGGAAUAAAAGUUGGAUAUGGAGGAAUUCCAGGGCCAUCAGGCUUAAGAGAUGGAUCAUCGUCGCAAGGUGGAGGGUGCUGCAGUUGAGGAGUGGGUGCCAACACGGUUGUGUAUGUCAUCAGGGGGGGGGGGCAGCAUGUACAAUUACCACACGUGAUAUUUGCUAAAGCAUAUUUGUAAAUCGUUUUGGAGUUUGUUUUGGCUAUGCAAAGUAUUAUUUUGAUUGACCCGCAGAUUAUACGCUUUAUGUAUCAACGUCACGGUUUAAAAAUGUUUUAAUAUUUGUAUUAUAAGA